GGGUCAGGCGGUGCUCUGCUAAAAAACAAGCAAAAUAAUUUGUUUAAUUAAAGUGCGCAACAAAUGCAGCAAUUUUAAAGCGGCAAGUGCCAUCAGUUGUUUUUGAAGCACUGUUUGUCUAAGAAUAUUAACGUGUAUCAAUUAAAGUGUGCAAUCAAUUAAAUUAAGCUAUCCCUACUACAAUCAAUUUGGUCUUCAAAGUAUUAUUGUUAAACAGUUGUUUUAGGUAGUUCAGCUGUUUCCCAAAAGUAUUGCUUCAAUAAGACGCUGCGGUGUUUUAAUUGUAUUCCAUUUCAAAGGCUUCCUCAAAUCGUAGUGGGCGUUGAAAAAGCAUUCGACAGUUUUGCAGCCAUGCUUCAGCUGAGGGAUUUUCAGAAUGUAUGCCCCGAUGAUUUGACAGCGGCCCUGGCUCUUCAGGUUUACAACGAUUUAAAAAGGGAUGAGCGAUGUGGCCACUUGCAGCCGCACUACGAUGAUGAUUUGAAGGUGUUUUACUUGCGUAAAGAGGACACACAGGCUGCUUACAUACCCUUGAUCCAUACGAAGGGCAUUCAUUUCAGCCUGGUUGAGGCAAUGCAAGAUAAAUUUGGAAAAAAUAACAUAUUUUUGGCCAUCGUGGAUAAUACAGGCAACAUUUUGUAUUACCAGGUGACCGAAGGAUUUAGUGAAAAGAAGUUCUAAACAUGUUUAAAUUAUAUUAGAAAACGCUGUCCCCCAAUAUAUUAAGAUUAUGUAUAUUUAUUUAGUCAAUCGUUUACAGACUGUCAGAUUUAUGUGAAGCAUUAAAAACCCAAUUUCAAACUUGUUUGAUGACUCAAAA